AUGAAAGAGUCACUUUACGAUCGGCUCUGGCGCCGAGAAUGCGGGGAUUCCUCCUCGUAUGCCGGACUACGGGGCAUCUAUGGUGGUAAGGAAUGGGUCGAAAAUCUCGAUAUUGUGAAUGAGCUGGGCGGACAUACAGGAUGCGUGAAUGCUUUGAGUUGGUCCCGAUCCGGACAUCUUUUGGCCUCGGGUUCCGAUGAUCAGCACCUCAACAUCUAUUCCUACCAACCCGACUCAUCCAGUGCACCAUUUGCCCUAAAAACCACAAUUCUCACUGGCCACAAGGCCAAUAUCUUCUCCGUCAAGUUCAUGCCGCAUUCCAAUGACCGAACCUUGAUAACCUGCGCGGGCGACUCGCAAGUGCGCGUUUUCGACAUUGAAUAUGCCAGCAAAAGCGACAAUGCCGGCGCUACCUCGGCCUUUGCGGCUUCCGCCCGCAGUCAACGCUUCAACAAUUUCUUUGAAGGGGCCCGGUAUCUCAGCGAAGGAAACACCAAUGCUAGAGUCUACCGAAGCCAUUCUGAUCGCGUGAAGCGUAUCGUCACGGAGUCAUCGCCCCAUCUCUUUCUGACUUGCUCCGAGGAUGGCGAGGUCCGUCAAUGGGAUUUGAGACAACCAUCAUCCGCUUAUCCUCCACCUCGGGGCGGCCAGGGCUUCAUGGCAUACCGGCCUGGACAGGAGCAUGACGACUCGAACGUUCCCCCGCCACUUAUUUCCUACAAGCGAUACAACCUGGACCUCAAUACAAUCUCCUGCUCCCCGAGUCAACCACAUUACAUCGCGUUAGGUGGUGCCCAUAUGCACAGCUUUUUGCAUGAUCGCCGCAUGCUUGGUAGAGACACCUCUGCUGAAAGAGGCAGUCCCUCCGUGUCGACUCCAACGGCUGGGAGCAACUCAGAUGAAAUGAUGGGAAAGGCAACUCGGUGUGUGCGCCGGUUUGCCCCUCGUGGCAAGCGUCGUAUGAGACACAUUGACGACGGUCAUAUUACCGCCUGCAAGAUCAGCGAUGCGAACCCGAAUGAGAUGGUAGUUAGCUGGUCGGGAGACCACAUCUAUAGUUUUGAUCUCGUCCGAAGCCCUGAUGCUCGUGAUGAGUCGCCCGAAGAGAAAUCGAAGAUCAAGAACUCCAAAAACCGCCGCAGUGACAGCUCACGCAACCGGAAGCGAAAGCGUCCAAAGCCAACUUCAUUAUCCUCCCAGGAAAGUGGAGACAGACAUAAUUCUCGUCGUCGCUCUGCCGAGCCGAAUGCUUUAAGAGUUCAUUAUGAAAAUGGUGAAACUUCUGACAUCUCGUUCUCAAAUCUGUCAGAUAGCGACGAGUCUCCGGGGGGCAUACUGGAACGUGCGAGAAACUCGGUAUUGAGCGAGGCCCAGAAACUUAGCAUGGAAAUUGCAAAGGGCUUGGUCAAGCUGCGGAAAUCCCUAUUCUCCCUGGAAUCAGCGACACGAGAGGCCAUGGAAUCCAACCAGACGGAUAUUCCUCCUACUGAUACCUUCCUCACAGCCUUAGCGCUGGCGUCUCAGUAUUUACCCCAGAUGAACGAUGUUAUCAGCAAAUGGCGCUACCCGAUGAACCCCUCCCACGAAACUGUUGUAUUCCAGCAAACCCUUCGUCGUAAUCGUCAAACAUCGUGGAGAUUUGUUCAAGCGGCCGGUGCGCUUGCACAUGCACUAGAAAUGGCCGACGACACUGAGAACGCUGGCUGGCAAGAUUUCAUGAAAAUUUCACCCGCGCCAAAUGAAGACGACUCUAUCGAACGAGAAUCUCAAUUUGGCUAUGACUUUUUGAAGGCAAUCUUGCUCUGGUUACAGGGUGGCAGACUAGGGCUGCUGGCUGGUUUCAAACAGGAUUCCUACCCCGCACGAGUACAUGGGCGUUUUCCAAUACCAGCUGAUGCCGGCGAUGAGGCAAUUGAUGGUGUUCUGAUCCCAUACCUCCAAAGCUUGGCAAGCGACACUCCGAUCAUCAACGUGGACGCAUCUCGUUUUGAAGUCGCUGCCUCCCGUAUUUUAUUCCAAACGCAACGAGCAGCAGUAACGGCUUUUGGCAAUGCGGUGAAAUUGCCUCUCGAAGAUUUAGAAAACAUGGCUGCCCGGGUCGAUAAGCGCCGCGUCUCUAAUUCUUCCUCGCAAGUUCGAUCUCUUGACCGGGCAUCGGCCACUCGGUUCUGGAUCUUGAGGGUGGGGAGAGGGGUUCUAAUGGAAGCUGGAAACGGUGUCGAUUAUUCCUUUGUCAACCGCGCUUUUGGUGGACUCUACACUUCAGUGGUGGAUGAUGAAUCCGAUAGUGACGAGGACCAGAUCGUGGAAAGAUCCCAAGACGACAUUGAUCCUGAUGUGGAAGAAGAGCGCAUUAGAUCGAUUAAUCUUGUGAGAACACAGCGCUCUACUCAGGAAAUUGUUGCAACUGCUACUGAGACUGACAGUACUACGCCCAACGAGGCUGGAUCCUCUGAUAAUUUGGCGAUUCGCGGUGCCCCUGGAGGCCGAGAUGAUCAGAGUGAAGCUGAGGCCUUGAGCGACAAUGAAAGCGAGGGUGAGGAUGAAGACGAGGAUGAAGAGGAAGGUGGUCACUGGGGCUUCGGCACUGCCGAUUCAUCAGAUGAUGGAGGUGAGGAUGGAGAUAGCGAUACCGAGCAGCCUUUCUUGGGAUAUAGCGGCCGCAAAUCUAACCGCGGAGAUGUCGAACUUGAUGUGCCAUGCUCAGCACAUUCCCGGGUUUACCGAGGCCAUUGUAACAUCAAGACGGUCAAAGAUGUCAAUUUCUUCGGCUUGAAUGAUGAAUACGUGGUCAGUGGCAGCGAUGCAGGCCAUGUUUUCAUAUGGGACCGCAAGACUACGAAAUUGGUGAAUAUCCUAGAGGGCGACAGUGAAGUCGUUAACGUCGUGCAAGGUCACCCCUACGAACCCACUUUGGCUGUAUCAGGCAUUGACAGCACGAUCAAAGUCUUUUCCCCCGAUCGAUACGCCCAAGAUCAGGCUCGCCGGGGUUUCAACGUCCUCGACCCCGACAAUCCGGCCAAUGUCCUACGCACAAACGCAAGCAAUAUCGGCGGACUGCAAAGCCGCAAGCGCAUCCAAGAUAGCUAUCGCAUCAUGAACCAAAAUGAUCUUGACCGCCGCGGAGGCAUGGACGAGGCGUAUAUUACUGUACACAUUGCUUCUUACCUCUCAGAUGACUUGAUCAACGCUAACAAGCUUUCACAGAGAAACAUGCUUACACGUCUUGCUGCCACACUGCGAGGUCGACCUGGCGUCAGUUUUGGGGAUGGAAUCACUCCCCUUGCCGAAGGCGAUGAUCGCCCUACUGUUGUGCUUGACGACAAUUGCAUGGUUAUGUGA